AUGUCUGAAAAAAGAAGAAAGAACGGCAAGCAACAGUCGUGUGAGCCAUGCCGAAAAGCCAAGGUCAAAUGCGACCAUGCUAGUCCGGUUUGCGGUCGAUGUCGGAUUCGAGGACGCGCCAGCCAAUGUUACUAUCAUCCCGCUCCGUUGACGAAGCCGAGAUUGAACGCGACCUCCACUACGCAAACCGAUCGGUACGGAAUAUUCGGAAUUUCCAGCGCGUUGCCUUCCCAUGGCGAUCAGCCAGAUUUCCGGAGAGAUAGCACGGCGUUCGACCAUUUACUGGCGGCUGCUGCUGCGGAUCAUGAAAUCGUCGUCCCAAAUACUCCUGAGGCCGUGGAGUCGAACCACAACGAGUCGGGGUAUUUGGGCGCCACUAGCUAUACGAAUGCACUGUUGGAAAGCGCUCCGAAAGAAUACCGGUCUCCUACCAACCACACAUCCUCAGACUUUGGGCUGAACACCAUGUCUUCAGAUGGUGUGAUGGACCAUAAUAAAGCCGAGUUUCUCAAGAAAGGUGCCGACGUGCUCGCUAUAAUACCACGACUGUUGCCCGUCUUCCCUAUGUUUCCGUCCUAUCAAACUCAAACAAACCUGGCCAUCGUUCCGCUUCCGAUUGUCGUGCAUACUGCGGAGUUCCUGGAACAGCUUGUGACCAACCACGACUUCCUACAAAUCGAGCGCGAGCGGAUGCAAAUCUGUUCCAGAAUGCUAGUCAAUACCUCCAGGCCCCUGAAGGUGAGCCCGGAGAUGACCGGUAGCCAGUUUCAUCUCCAGUUCACCGGGGACAAUUUUCGUUUCGAGACGCUGGCGUGGAUGUUUGCGCUGGCAGGAGUGGGGAUUCUCUGCGGAGAGGAAAAGGUAUUUGGCGGACGGGAGUCGGAAGCUAGAGCGAUACGGAUGAGGAUUCGCGAGUUGAUCAUAGCUAGCGAUGCGUGUAUCGAGAUCUGUGCGAGCUACGGGAUUUCUACGGUCAACGACGUAUUUAUUUGGGGCAUGUUGCAGAAUACGGUAUUGACCACAAUGUACCACGGAGAUUCGAGCUACAUCGCAACAAGAAGAGCCGCAGACCUCGCUACUGCUAUUUUCGCUUUGGGUAUCCACCAAGAGUGCAAGAUCUCCGAAAAUGUCCCCGGGUUCCUCACGCACUGUCGUCGCAAGACAUUUGCCGGAUCAUACUACAUUGAUAAGACAAUCGCUACGUUUGUGGGACGACCUCCCCGAAUCCCCAUGCGAUUCUCUGAUAUCCAGGCUCCACUCGAUGUUAGUGACGAUACCAUCCUUGGAGGGCCCGAAAUAAUUAACGACGAAGUCUCCAAGCUUGAUCCUGAAGGAUAUAAUCCGGACGGCAAGUUUCAUCCAAACACUUCAUUACGGACGCGAUUCAAGAUGAGCGUCAUCCGGGAGAAGAUCUUGGAACUGUCACUGGGCAACGAUAAAACGGACCUGGACAACAAGGCCCAACAUCUCACGAAUGAGCUCGAGGCUUUAUGGGAAUCGUUGCCGCGCUGGUUGAAGUUCGAUGACAAGACGGAUGAUGCGAGGCGCUGGGCGAAGACUCACACCUUCUACACGGAUUAUCUUUACAGCCAUUUCCUUCUGGAGCGGAUCCGCGCCACAAAAUGCCGUUCCGGUGGAGAACGACACCUGCACGUCUCCCGUGAAAUGCUCACCACCGUCCUAAUGGUGUCGAAACGAGUUUUCUGGUGCCAAAGCGAUUGGUUUCUCCUCUUCUACGGCCUUCCCGCCGCGGCGGUCCUGGCCGCCGAUCUCCUACGAGCACAACAACUAGGUCUCAGCGCCACGGAGUCGCCCAGCCUCACUCACCGAGCGUCCAUCAUCCGAAACCUCAGUGUAUUCCUCGCCGCGCUCGAAUCGGCCGCACAAGCGGACCUGGGUAACCGACGGGCUUGUACAGAUGCAAGAGACACGCUCGGUCGAAUUCUGGACGCUAUUCUCGAUCCGAACCCGCCGCCGUCAAGUCAACGAUCGAGACAGAGUGACGAACAGCCUGCAAGUCAGAUGAUCGACGCGGUGGUUGAUCAGUGGCCGUUUGGCGAUGACCUGUUCGGGCUGAAUGGCGAGGCGCUACCUUGGGAUCCGUUCAUGGCAGGCCUCGACGAGAUUGACCUAAGUACUCCUUUUCAGCAGGGUUAA